AUGGUGACUGACUUGUUCUGGGCACACCCAGUUAGUUUGGAGGUGUUACGUGCAUUUUCACAUGUGUUGAUUAUGGAUUGCACAUACAAGACUAAUAGGUAUCCACUCCCUCUCUUAGAGAUUGUUGGGGUAACAUCAACGAACUUGACUUUUUCAGUUACUUUUGCUUAUCUUAGUCAUGAACGGGAGGACAACUAUACAUGGGCUUUAGGCGUAUUGCGUACUGUUAUGGACAAUACUGCUUUUCCAAAAGUCAUUAUUACAGACAGGGAGUUGGCUUUGAUGAAAGAAACAGAAUUCAAUGAACAGUUUUCCACUAUGAAGACUGAAUUUAGUACGUAUCCUCAAGCUAUUAAGUAUGUUACUACCAAUUGGUUAGAGCCAUAUAAAGAAAAAUUUGUUGCAGCUUCGACAGAUAGUAAUAUGCAUUUCGAAAAUACUACUACAAACGGUUUGGACAAAAUAUUAGUAGAGUCAAAGAGAUCGAAUAGUGUGGGAAUAGAUGUUGCUGCAUGUGGGUACAUUUUGCGACAGACUGAUUUUUUUAUUAAGAAAUUCCAAACGAUUAACGAGACGCAACAAGUGAUCAUUUUGAAGAAAUUGAGGGAGUUAAUUAGUCCAGAAAGUACAUUUUUGAUGGAACCUGAACUCAAGACUAACACGCGAGGGAGGAGCCGAGGUCGCGGCCAUGGUCAAUUCAAAAUCGAUACGUCUACUAAACGCGAGCCAUCUGCGUUUGAGUUUGUACUAUCUGGGGAAGAUAGUUAUUCACAGGGUGUUACCAUCUCAACUGCACCAGUUCGUAAGCAAGUGCAACGGAAGAAGGCAAAAAAAGAUAAUUCAACAAAUCGUAUCUCUUGCUUCGAACAAUUUCUGAAGAAAUUGAGACCAUAUAUCCGUCACAUAAAAGAUGUACAAGCAGAUGGCAAUUGUGGCUUCAGGGCAAUAGCUAGAUUGAUUGGUUUAGGUGAAGAUGAUUGGCAACAAGUUAGGCGCAACUUGUUGAUUGAGUUGCAUUCGAAUGUAGUGCACUACGUGCAACUAUUUGGUACACAAGAAAGGGUUGAUGAACUUAACUCUAUCUUAUCCUACUUCGAACCUAGCCCUGGGUUUAAUCAUUGGAUGACUAUGCCCGACAUGGGCCAUUUGAUAGCAUCAUACUAUCGAGUCGUUCUUUACCAUUUAUCCAUGCAACAAUGCUUUACGUUUUUACCACUUAGAUCAGUACCAAUUGCAACACCUGAUCGAAGAGAUAUAUGUAUAGGAUUUGUAAAUGGAAACCAUUUUGUGCAGGUUUAUUUGCAACCUGGUCAUCCAGUACCUCGGAUAGCAAAUAAUUGGAUUCGUUUUCAUCACCCGUGUGCUAUUGGAUGGGAGAAAGCAUAUACUAUCCGUAUUCAGCAAUUCUGUACUCUUAUCAGCCCUGACGCAAUAACUACCGAAACAAUCGAUAUAGAAGAAUUGUGA